AUGGACGAUUCACCAAUAGAUUUUUGUUCUUUGGAAAAAGAGCUACAUGGUCGAAUACAAGCAGAAGAAAGAUACUGGCAACAAAAUGAUGCUAAAUUCAGGGCAGUUGAACAAAAGGUGGCCUCUUAUGAAGAAUUUAGACAAAUUGUAAUGGCUGCUCAUCUCAAACCACUGGACAAAACAGACAAAGUUCAAGACUCAUCUGGUAGAUAUGUUAUAUGGAACACCGUUGCAGGAAUGAAAAAACCAACUGACAACACACCUAACAAUUUACUGAAAAAAAAUACAAAUGAUUCCGAUGACUGGAAGUUACCCACAACAAUAGGCGAAUUCCUUAAAACGUGGAGGUAUGCAAAACAGAUUGAUCGUUUAAAGUUAUUAAAAAAAAUUGAGCUUCCACGUAUUCAAAAGCUGUUUGAUGUGGAUAUACCUGUUGGUUUUUUAAGUGACAUAUUCGAAUUAUAUUUAUUUACUGAAAUUACAAAGUCUGAUAUACCCUUUGUGUUUGGCUUACUGGAUGCGUUAUCAAAAUCUCAAAGAUUUAAUUUGAAUUUAAAAUUUUUAAGUUCAUCAGAAAUAAAUAUCGGCAGAGAACUUUUCCAAAAAUUGAAUAAUGACCUUCAAAAUUGGAAAGAAGAAUUAGCUGAAAAAUGCACCACUGAAGAAACAUUAAAUGAAAUUAGAAAGAAGUAUGAAAUGUGA